AUGCACGUCGACUUUGGCGAGGAGGGACAGACGGACCAUUCCCUCCUGACAGCCAACGGCCAUUCCCACGCCCACGCCCAUACCCACACCCACUACGACCACCCAGGCCCCGGCAGCGGGCCGUCCUACUCGCCCUUCCGGCAUUCAGGCGGCGGCAGCGGUGGCGGCAGCGGCAGCGGCAGCGGCAGCGGCAGCAGUGGAGGCAGUGGCAGCAGUGGUGGUGUCGCAGCGAUUGACCCGGGGCUGGAUCAGAGCACAGGUGCCAGCCGCAAUGUGCACACGCCAUCAGGCCAUCUACUUCAGCCUGACAAUACCGGACAUCUCGCCCACGGCUUCUAUGGCGACAUGCGCAGCUCCCAGACUCCCCCGGCCUCUGCGAAUGCCUCGCCGCGCUUCUCCGCCAUCUCACCCACCAGUCAGCCGCGCCUGGGUACUGCCCACUUCGAGCCCGCCGACCGCGACCCGCCCCCGCGCGACGUAUCCGACGACACCAUUGACAAUGCCUACGCCGCCUUCAUCCUCUACUGCAACCCAAACUUCCCUACCACCACCGACACCACCGAGCUGGUCAAACUGUUCCGCACGCCGCCCAAGAGCGACGGUAAUGCCUUUAGUACAUGGGCCCUCUUUGAGUUGAUCCGCAAGUUUGACGCAAAAGAAAUAAAGACCUGGACACAGCUGGCUCUAGAUCUGGGCGUGAAGCCGCCAAACACGGAUGAAGGACAGAGCACCCAAAAAGUGCAGCAGUACUCUGUGCGCCUGAAGCGAUGGAUGCGCGCUAUGCACAUUGAUGCCUUUUUUGAAUACCUCCUGGGCAAGCAGCAUCCCUACUAUUUACAGAUACCACCUCCCCACCAGCCGUUUCCAAGCCAGGGGCGUGAUGGCGUGCCUCUCGAGGAAGACCUGGCCAUCAGGGCUCUUGAUCCAAAGUUCAAGCCCAAGCGCGGGCGCCGAAAGGCUGAUGACGGAGAAGAGGACAUAGACUUUGACGAAGGCACUCCAGCUCGUAAACGACCCCAGCUAGAUACAAAUGUGGCGUUUGGCAAUGUGUUGCAGCCGCAAUCCGCAUACCCUACUAGCGCGCAUCCAAACAACAUGCAUGGAGGUUUUCUGACACCGCAAGAUCCAUGGACUGCAGUCUCUACCGUCACUCCAUCUUCUGCCAACACUGCAGCCUCGGCUCCAAGUCGUCUGGGCCAGAGUGGGCUUACUCCUUACACGGAAUCACCAAUGGGCGGACAUCAUGCACGAUGGCGCGUAAAUACACAGGAUGCGCCUCAUACACCACAUCCGCUUUCUGCUGUCACUCCACAGUCUGCAUAUCCGUUUUUUGACGAACCACAAUCUGCUGUCACGCCCUCCAGUACCAGAUCACGCUCCCGCCGGCGCCAUGGACCUGCUGUAUCGUCGGCUUGGUCAUCCAACAGCGGAACCGCCACUGGCAAACUUCGCGGUCGGCCGCCUAGUAAUCGUUCUAUCAGAGACGGGCCUUUUGUGACUUUUCCAGCAAAUCCAAAAACGAAAGAAGGGCCGCCCAUUGAUCGCAAUCCAGUCAACUUGACACCAAUUGUCGAGCGGGCGCAUUCAGACCCACCAGCUCCAGAGGGCUCCGUUCGUUUCCCACCCACACCGGCGUCUGCCGUUUCUCCCUCAAAAAUCGAGGGACCGGCUGCAGGAGGUGCGCCACAGAAGCAACGGCUGAGUCUCCAAGUACCUCCCAAUGUUGGUAAUCCAGUAGUACGCCUAACGACGCCAACUGUGCUUGUAAACGGAUUACAAAACGACUCCCCAAGCACUGGACUAGGACCAUCCCCGAUAAGCGCCGCAUCCACCCAAGUCUCGCCUGCAAACGCCUACGAGCAACAAAGCAUGUACGAGAAGCAACACCGGCCAACCCAUCAGACGUACCACGGAAACCUCACCCCAUCCGAGACGCCUGCGCAACCGCGACCACCGCCACCAACUCACUCACAACCAGAACCCGAACUCCCCUCCUCAACAUCACCACAGUUGCCCUCAGCAGUCCCCCUCGAGACGCUGAACCGCGCGCUAGCAGCAGAACUAAUACGCGCCCCAUUAACCGGGCGGCGCAAGCGCCUACGAGGCAACGAAGCCAAGCGCCUCGCCUCUGCAAUCCUACAGCCCCUCCACGCCAAGCCACCACCUACUUCCCUUGCCCCCACAAAACUCAUGAGCGACUACGCCCUCGGCAUCGCUAUCAGCAGCUGUCUCGGCCUCGCCUCUACCGUCGGUAUCGGCGCCGGUGGUCCCACCGGCGGCGUGCGUCGCGUCGAGUGCGUGCGGUUUCGCGUGGGCGGCGAUGGAUACGAAUCCCCUGUUGACGAGGACGAAGAUGAUGACGAGACGGAAUCUUCUGCUGCGAGACACGGUGCCCGCAGUAUCAAAGAAACGUUUGACGUCUUUUUCAAUGUCGCGUUUGGCGGCCUGACGGGCGAGUGGGUUGCCAAAGGCCUCGACAUGUCGGCUGCUACUGAUCCAGAAGAUGAGGCCCAGGCCACCCGGGAUCCGCAUGCUCCCGCGGAUGCCAAUGCGGACAGUUGGAAGAGUAGGUAUCUUGAUGCGCGGAGUCAGCUUUGGCAGAGUAGGGAGGAGGUCGGCAGGCUGAAGGAUAGGAUUCUUGAGGCUGUCUUGUGA